AUGCUUCCCGUUCAAGAAGCGACCUACUUGGUCGCGCCCAACUGGACGUACCUCCCAGGCGGCUCCAUCUCCCUCGGCAACAUCGUUCUCGACCCCUUCCGCCCUCAGCACGUCCUCUCCAAGCCGACGAAGCCGCUGCCCGAGACGGAGACGGCGUUGGAGUACAACUGGAUGCUUGAGACGGAGAGGCUCCGCGGCAUCAACGUGGGCAUCUGGAGUCGCAUGUUUGAUAAGCUCAGUGUCAAGCUGGGUCCGAGACGUAACAGGGGCCAAAAGAUCACGAUCUACAUGAAGGCGCUGGAGACGAUAUACUUCAAGGAGCUGCCCUCGAAGGCAGAUAUUCAGGAGCGCGCAAACGAGGAGGAAGUCCGCAGCAUAUUGGGCCGCAGCAGCUUAUUUCGGUACCCUGUGUACAUGAUAACGGGCGUGAAGAUUGCAAGGGGGUUCCAGAUCGUUCAUGAGGGCACGGAGCAAUACUUCUUCGGUAUUGGGGCAACCGGCGCCGGCACCCCGCAGCUGGCUGUCGGGGCCAGUGCUGGCAUGAGCUCGAGGACGACCAGGUCGGAUGAAUUUCUGUCUGGCAAUGCAAUCGUCUUUGCAUACCAGCUGCUGAUCAUCAAGCCGAAGGGCUGGCGAGAGAGGAUGACGUAUGAUCUGUGUGACUUUCAUCACAAGGCGGCUUUGCUGGUGGAUGACGAUGGACGUGAUGAACUAGAAGAAGAGGAGGAAGAAGAUGUGGAAUUUGAGCUUAUCACAGGGACGGAUGAGAAUAUCGCCACGGUUCAAGAGAGGCUCGUGCCUCUGAAUCCUGACAAUCCGCAACAGCAUGCAUGGGUGUUUCAGGCUGUCUGA